AUGGACACGCCAUUCAUUCAAAACUUUCUCAAGAUAAGACUCGGCGAGCGCUAUCAGAUCUGUCGAAAAUUAGGAUCUGGGACGUUCGGAGAGGUCUACUUUGGCCGUGAUGUUGUCACCGGUGAAGAGGUGGCGAUUAAACUCGAGCACUGCUCAACAGAUUAUCCGCGCUUAGAGCUGGAAGUCCAGAUUUAUGAGUCUCUUUCCGGACAAGCUGGAAUUCCCCGAGUGUUCUGGCACGGGUCUAACUGCGAGUAUGAGGCAAUGGUCUUUGAACUUCUCGGUCCCAACCUCGAGGAUGUCUUCCGAUUCUGCGACAACAAAUUCUCACUCAAGACCACAUUAAUGCUCAUGGAUCAGCUCCUCUACCGGAUUGAGAGUCUUCAUGCCGUUGGCUACCUCCAUUGCGAUGUCAAACCCGAGAAUUUCCUGCUCGGAACUGGAAAGCGCGGCAACGUGGUGUUCAUGACCGAUCUCGGACUGGCUGCUUGCUGGAGCAGUGAAUGGUACGCGCAAAGCACGCCACAGAAGCCUGCGAAUCCGCCCCGUCUCUCUUUGGUCGGCACUCGCCGCUAUGCUAGCAUCAAUGGCCAUUUAGCCGUCAGUAAGUCCGACUUUGUGUGGUUUUCUGUUUUCGCUGGCUCACCGUCCUCCUACACAGGUUCAUCGCCCCGUGACGACCUCGAGUCAUUGGGAUACAUGGCGUUGUAUUUCCUCCGGGGAUCUCUUCCCUGGCAAGGCAUACGAGCAUCCGGCCGUGAAGAGAAAGACCGACUUGUCUUGGAGCGGAAACGGACGAUUGCUGUCGCCGACUUAUGCAAUGGCCUGCCUGCAGAAUUUGCCACCUACAUGAACUACGUCCGUACCUUGGACAAUGGGAACCGGCCAAAUUACAAGUACCUCCGGACUCAAUUCAAUCGUCUCUUUCACCGCAGGGGGUUUGAGCAUGACAAUGUGUUUGAUUGGACGAUUCGAGAAUUUGAGAAGCAGGAUCGUGAGCGCCCCUCAGCAUCGCGACCCGACCAUGGUGGCAGGAGUGACCGAGAGGUUAAGCGUCGUGCAGAAUCUUAG